CUUUAAGGGAAAGUUGAAAUCACGUGUUACACUGUAGAAAGUUUGACAAGUUGGUCGACGUAAGUCCUCUGUUUUCCCGCUAUCGAAAACCUUGAAUGUCAUUCUCUCGUGUCCUCUUCUUCUCUCAAUAUCAAAAAUAGGAAACUAGCCCGGAAUUGAAGUGUUUUGUGUCAGCGACAGCGUAAAACCACCCAAACAUGGAAGUCGUGCAGAAAGUCAUGUCGGGAUUUAGUCUGGAUUUGGGACCUGUGAAAGAGCCACUGGGAUUUAUCCGACUCCUUGAAUGGGUUUUUACCAUUUGUGCCUUUGCAACCACUGGUGGUUAUGUUGGAUCCACUGUGUUCACUGUUAAUUGUCCAGACAAAGAAAUAGUUGAUGUUACUGCUAAUUUUGGAUAUCCUUUCAGGCUCCCGAGUCAUCCAUACCUGAUUAAUCAUUGCAAUGGCUCCAAGAACACGACUUACCUGCAGGGAGAUUUCUCAUCCUCAGCUGAAUUCUUCGUCUCUAUCGGCGUCUUGGGUUUUCUGUACUGUACCUUCACCCUCAUCCUGUACUUGGGCUACCAGCAGGUUUAUAGGGAGUCGAACCGAGGCCCCAUCAUCGAUCUGGUGGUGACCGGGAUCUUUGCCUUCUUGUGGCUGGUUUGCUCCUCCGCCUGGGGAAAAGGUCUAACUGAUGUCAAAUAUGCCACAGAUCCGAACAGGCUUAUUAUUCACUGUCUGCCUGAAGAUAAAUGUGACAUAAAGAGUUACCCAUCUGUAGGUCGUCUCAAUUCCUCUGUGCUUUUUGGAUUCCUGAACCUGAUUCUGUGGGCAGGGAACUGCUGGUUCAUCUACAAGGAGACUCCGUUUCACAAGCCGGCAAAUCCACCAGUAAACGCAGAAGAAGGAGUUUCCACUUCCUAAUCAGACAAAAGCGGCUCCUUCCUCUCCUCUCCACACAUCUAUACAGCAGAGGACAUCACCGUUUGUUCAUGUCCACACACACACACACACACACACACACACACACACCGAAGAGAAACUACACUUUAAUAUGCAAAAGUGUCAUGCAUUGCAGUUCACUAUAAAUGCAAUAAGCUGAAUUCAUCAUUUCUAGAAUUUUGUUUUAUCAUUAUUAUUAUUUUAGUGUCUGCUUGAAAGCACUGACAAAAGCAGGUCAUAAAAAUGUAUUAGAUCAUAGGUCUCAAACUUAACUCCUGGAGGGCCGCAACUCUGCACAGUUUUGCUCCAGCCCUAAUCAGAGGGCUACUUUUGAAAACUUUGAUUAGUUUUAUCUGCUGUGUA